AUGGAGAGGAGAGAUAGUGCACAGAGUGACGUCACUCGCCGCUCUUCGGACGGCUCCAUCGCCUCUGCACCAACACCACCACAAACCUUCACACCCAACAUCCCCGCCUUCAGCCGUGCCGAACUGUUCCAGUCCCUCCGCCCUAUGGCCUCCACCGAGAGUCUGAACUUCGCCAUGAAUUCCAAGCCUUGUACUACGUGCUCUGGUGGCCCGGCUAAGCGCCGCUGCUCCCGCUGUAAGGCGGCGUAUUAUUGCGAUAGGAGCUGCCAGAAGACGGAUUGGAAGGCGCACCGCAAUGUUUGCGAGCCCGCGCAGCAGACGUACAGCUCGCCUGCGACGCCGAACUUUUCCAACCCAGCCAGCCCGACUCAUGAAGCCGCUGAAGCUUGAGGAUCCUGCUCCUACCUGCGUGUGACGAGGAAAGAUUGCCGAUUCCGACCAGCUUGAUGUCGACCUGGACCUGAGUGGAUGGAGACAGCGGACGCUAAUGGGUGCUGGGGAGAGAGAGCCAUUAGGAUUCUGGCUACGACUUAUUACGACUUGAACCUAGAACCUACUUUUACCAACAUGUGUAUAUGCCAAAAAAAGACUGGGCGUUUUUGGGGUGUUUGGGGUGUUGCAGAUUAGAAUCUUGGAAAAGGCAUUCACUUGCCCCACUUAAAUAGAACCCUUCUUUACUU